AUGAAUAAUCCUACCAUACCUGCCCAGAAUGACCAAGAAACGCGUGCGUUUGCCAUCCGAUUCACAAACUAUUUGAAAUCUCGCCCAGAGUUGAAAACAAAGCCUGCGAUACUUAAUGGAAAACGUGUCUACUAUUUUAGAGUGAAAAGAGCUUAUCGGUUUUUAACCUCAGAUUCGUACCCACCGAAAAAGGUAAAAGGAUUUCCCUCUAUUUCAACACGCGAAGAUGUGGUUGACGUGUUCAAGCUUUUAAUCAUGAACUCUAUGAUGGUUCGCGUUGACAAGCUUCCCCCAAAGCAAAAAAAGCAGCAGGUUGUGGAGCUGCAAGUGAAUCGGACGCAAGAUUUCCAGGAUGACAUGCACUACGUCUGGCUGUAUGAGCCUUUGCAAAAGCGUGUUAUCGUUUUAGCAGUUUUGUUUGCUUUACUUGUACUAACACUUGUUCUAUUCCCUCUGUGGCCUAUGUCUAUGCGUAUAGGAGCUUGGUAUCUUAGUAUGGCCGGUUUGGGGAUUAUAGUUUUGUUUUUUGCCUUGGUCGUCUUUCGUUUUAUAUUCUAUUGUCUCACUGCUCUUGUUGCAAGUCCUGGACUUUGGUUGUUCCCUAAUUUACUCGCUGACGUCGGCUUUUGUGAUAGUUUCAAACCGGUUUGGGCUUGGCAUAAUACUAAACCAGAAGUGAAGUCUAAGAAAGGAAAAAACAAUUUUAAAAAUACUUCCCCUUCCGUUAGCUCUACGGAAAAACAAUCCUCUGCUGCUACAUCCACAUCUGCCGAACCUCAUUACACAGGUACUUCCUCAAAAACUGGUCCGAGAAACCCUACUAUAGAAGAAGUGCAUGAGUAA